AACAAACCCUCCCAUUCAGUCCCAUGUGUGAAUCGUCAGCAACACGCGAUAGUCAAGUACAAGGCGUCCUUCCUCAACUAUUUUCCGUCUUUUUGCUGUUUUUGGCGAGGGCAGAAGCUUGAAAUCGGUUUCCUAUUACAGGAGGAAGAAGGAGUUGAUUGUGGUAUUUGUAUCGGCUGUUAAUUGUUUAUUGAAGAGACGAAGAUGAGUAUGGAGGGCGAGGUGAAACAAAAUGUUAAAAAGCUUUCGAAAGGAGUUUUAGAAUUGAAGUUCAUGAAAAAGACUAAAGAGAAAGCAGUACUACAAGAAGAAAAUGAAGAGCGGCAGCAGUUAUACCAGGACCAACUAUCAUUACUGCAUAAAGGAGCGGACCGUAUUGUUAUGGUUGACUCAUAUUUUGACUGUAUGGACUUUUUACCCUGCCGUUUGUCCUUUGGUGGAAUGGACCCAGAUAUUGAGAAGCUUAACGAAGAUAAGCUAACUGGAGUAUACAAAACUGAAAGAAUUUUGCCUGCACCCAAUAAGGGGGAUGGAAUAGAGGAGGAUGUGACAGCAGAAGAGAUAGCAGAGAAUUAUAGCAAGCUGUUAGGAAACAAGGCCAAACAAUUUACUAAAAGAAAGAGCGACCACAAUGAAUUUGAGAACAGUGAUGAUCCUCAGAAAAAUAAAUACUUCAAAGGAAAUGCAACCAGAGGAAAGAGGCCGAUUUUUACGAACAAAGAGUUUAUGAACCCUCAAGGCAGGGGGGGUUUUACAAAUAAGGGUAGAGGGGAUUUCAACAAUAGAGGCCAGGGGGAUUUCAGCAACAGAGGCCAGGGAGAUUUCAGAGGCAGAGGUAGAGGUGAUUUUAGAGGGAGAGGUAGAGGGGAUUUCAGCAACAGAGGUAGAGGGGAUUUCAGCAACAGAGGUAGAGGGGAUUUCAGCAACAGAGGCAGAGGUUCCUAUGAUGACAGGAGAGGAGAGGGUGGGCAGAGUAGUGUAAGUUUUAGUCCAGGUCUUAAGAAAUUGAAGUUUAUGAAUCCCCAAGAAUGUGAAAACAAUUGAUAUUUUUCAUUUUUUAUUAUAAAUAGUAUUAUUGAAAUGCACUCUAUAUUCUGAACAUAAUGUGACUUGCUUUAUUAUUAAAGUACAGUCAAUCUCAUAGAAACAAUAUUGAAUACACUUUCUUCCUUAGAAGUGACAUCUAAAACAGAUAUAUUUUAUGAUGCUAUGUUGCAUAAAAAUGCAUAUUUAUUGAUAGAGGCCAGAGCCUCCUGUAUCUGAAGAUUUUUUGGACCAAAAUUUUUCUCAGGUGAACCACAACUUUGUCCUUAUUCACAAUGCAUACAUCAUGUCUCUCUUCAAAAUUGUUAAACCAUAAAUCAUUUUCAAGGUUUUUAUGUGCAUUAUCUUUGAUGCUCAAUGCAGUGCUAUCUUCUCAAUGAGGUGUUUCAUUAAUCUUCCCCUCAGUCCUUUGAAAGAAGGCUCUUAGUGACAGAAAUAUGUGGAAAGCAGAAAAAAAAAGCUUCAGUAUUGCAGUCCCCUUCUGAGUGGGAUUUAGAUAUCCGAACUAUAAAUCUUAUUGUAUAGUAAAUUUUACAUGUAAUUUCGACUAUGCAAAUCUGAGGCAGAAAGAAAGUGCUAUCUUCCCAAUGAGGUGCAUCAUUAAUAUUCGCCUCAGUCCUUUGAAAGAGGCCCUUAGUGACAGAAAUGUGUGGAAGACAGACCAAAAAAAAAUCUCUUCAGUAUUGCAGUUCCCUUCCGAGUGAGAUUUAGAUACCCAAACUGUAAAUUUUAUUUUAUAGUAAACUUUACAUGUAAUUUUGACUAUGCAAAUCUGUGUCAGAAAAAAAGAAAAGAAAAGAAAAAAAAAUGUGUGUACAUUUGGUGAUACUGUCCUCUUUACUUGCCAUUCAUUGUUGUUAAUAUAUAUAGAACUUAAUUUGGAAAGUUUAUAUAUGCAUUAAAGAAUAUUAAUGCAUAAUUUUAUUGCUAAAGAUAUUAACUGAUGAUUAUACAACUGACUCUUUUUGAGGGAAAGGAAGUACUGUAUAAGUGACAAAAAUAUAUGUAUCCACCAUAA